UUUGACAGAAGAAAUUCACAAAGCAAGCAAAGCAAACAAGUUCUGUGUUAUUUCUCUAUUUGUGUUCCUUUUGAAUAAGUAAUAAAUGGUCACGUUUUAAUACACUAUUUGAGGAAUUAGCAUAAUCGAGAAAAAUACAACUGUGAACCAUGGCUGAUUCGGGAGUAGACACUAGCAAUGAAAGCAGCGACAACCCAAUUUUCGACCAUUCGCAGUGUGUGCUGGAAUUUAAUCCUCGAGCAAUACCUAUCAAUCUCGCGGGGCAGCCCAUGCCCGUGGAGUUCUUAAGUGAACCCAAUCCACACGAUCACAUCGGUAAAAUAAAGUGCUCUACUAAAGGAAGACACUGCAGGCUUAAGUAUCGUUACGGUGGGACUAUCUGCUCUUCUAGAAAUCAGAAACUUCGUUUCGCCGCCUCUACAAAUAAUACAGAGCUCGUUGAGAAGUUGUUGCUGUUAGGGGCUGACCCUAAUUCAUCAGAUGAGUUCAAAAGGAGCCCACUACACCUGUCGUCAUGCCGUGGCUACGUGGACGUGGUAAGAACUUUGUUAAGACACGGCGCUAACCCGAAUAUCAAGGACACCCUGGGAAACCCUCUCCAUCUUGCAGUUUGUAUGAAUCAUGUUAAAGUAGUUAUAGCACUGUUGGAUGCAGGCACUGAUGUGAGCUCACAUGAUAAUAAUGGGCGCAAUCCUAUCCAGCUUGCACAAAGCAAGCUUAAACUGAUUCAAAUGCGUCCUAGUGUUGCAGGACAUUUUGAGGAAACCAGGCAAUUGAUUGCUGACAUCUGUUUGGUGGUAGAAAUGAUGUUAAAGUUCAUGAGGAUGCAGAAAGCUGACCCUGGAGAGCUGGAGUCAGUGCGGGAGAGACUGGAACGCGUCAGCACUCGGGAACAAGUUGACUGCGAGGUCCAGAAUCUACUCGACAGUUUAGACUCACUAAAGCUCAGAUAAAAUUACCUUACAGAAGAAGAACGAAGACUGCUUACAAAUUAAUGGUAACUACUGCCUAACAUGAGCUCACAAUUUUACAGUAGAAUAGUGUGACUAACAAUGUUAAAUAAUGUAUUGACAAGUGUAUGAGGUCCAACUGUAAUAGCUUACAUGAACUGUAUUGUUGAAUUUUUUUGAUCUCACACUUAUUUUAGUAUCUCACCAUUGCUUAAAGUCUGAAUAUCUGGACAUGCAUUUGCAUAAGUUAAUUUGUAAUGAUUUCAUAAUGCAAUACACACUCAAAGAUAUUUUAAUAUCCAAGUAUAUUUUAUUGAUACAGUUGGUGUUAAGAUAUAUAUACAGCAUACUGUACAAUGUACAUCUAUUACAUGGUAUAAAUUUCACAAUGUUGGUUGCAACAUGCUAUGUCAUUGAGGUUAAUAUGCAGCAUUUUAUUGCCAACUGCAUUUUACAUGUAGAUAUUGUAGGUAUAAAAUAGUGAGGCAACUUUUGUUGAUGGCUCGGUUUUAGUUAAGAGUUUUAGUUCCGUCGGCUAUAGGAGCAUCCCGAAACACAGUGGCUUUUCAUUGUAAGAACUUCACAUAAUGAUCAAUAGAUAAGUUAAGCAUAACUUACUUAGUAGACAAAUUAUUUACUUAUACUUAGUGUUGGCCUGACUUUGUGAGUUUUACUUUUAUUGGGUCCAAGAUGAAAUGAGAGCUGAAUAAUAUUGACCUUUUAAAGUAGCUUACUUUUUCCUUACAGCCUAUACUAAUCGGUCUUUUAUAUUGUCAAACAAUGGUCAAAAUAGACAUCUCCACGGGCCCAUGCCCAUUUCUCGAAUCUACAAGUUACAAUUUACAAGUGGCAGGCAAUGUCUAAUAUGACAAGUUGGAAAGAGACUUCCGCUUGUAACUUAUCAGUUUUGUGAAAAGGGCGCCAGGUAUAGCAAAUUUUAAGAACACAACAAUCACUGUUGCGAUGGCCUAAUGGGAAUAUAGAUGUUUCAUUAUCUGGCUCUGUCUUCAUAUUGAAGUAAAUAAGAGCCAAAGAUACUGAGCAAGGCAAGUUGCGAGGCAUUGUGCUCGUGCGGCAAAUGUCCAAUGUGCACACCCCUCAACCGAUAGUAGGCCUUCUGGUCCCAACUUCAGUAAAACGUACAAAAUGCAAGUCUCACCUUAGGAUAACAAUUAUAUCUAUAACUUUAUUAAAGUUUUAAGAAAUGCUACAAAUUGAGGUAAAGAUAGUUUUUAAGUAUGAUUACUUUUUAUUUGUACACUAGAGUAUAGUCAAUUUUCGGAUGAAUUUAAAUAACAUUGAUGUGGGAUGACAUUAUUUUAUAUUAUACAUAGUUAUUUUAAUCGUAAAUAAAAUUUGUUAAUAGAUAAAUACAUCAUAACAAUAAAAGUUUUGAAUUUAUUGAA